AUGCUAGCACCAGCAGGUGUAGACUCAGAGAGCAGCGAUGAAGAUGAAGUAUCACCGAUCACCUCGGCCUCACCAUCCCCUACACGCGCCAAGUUCUCCUUUAAAAGCCUUUUUGUCCCGCCAAAGUUGUCGACGACUCCACCCUUACCGCCCAAAGCAUCAGAAGCAGGUGCCUCCGGCGCGGAUAUUGCCUCAGCUCCUGGUGGUCCAUCCAGCGACUCGACCAUGGAGAAGGAACCUCAUGGACCGCUGCAGAGGCUCAAGCGCAGGGUGCGGAUAUUGGCCAAGGGGGACGAUAAGCCUACUACGAACAAGGGGGAGUCGGUGGUGGAGGAAGCGGCGGCGCAGGUGGAUGAGUCAGCGUUGGCUGGAAAUGGUCAGGGAGGGGUUGAGGAUGAAGAGAAGGAGCCUGCCGCGGUCGAGAUGCUGAGUCUGUUGAGGCAGUUGAUGGCGCAACAGGCGAAGCAGGAGCCUCCUACCAAAAUUGACCCCUUACCAACUCCCACCGCUGAUACGCCUUCUGAUCUCAGUUCAGUAGCUCCGACCGUAGAGCCCAAGAAGGACGCGGCUGCAAAGCUGAAGCCACCUCCCGCACGGCCACCACUCACUCUGCCGCUCAAGACGAACCCCUCCACCCUGUCCGUACCGGCCCAUAACGGUGCAUCCUUACCUACCUUCAACGUCAUCCCGGGAGAUCAUGCUGCUGUAACGCCGGGACUGAACGAUACUUACUUCAACCCGACACACCAUCCCAUUCCUACUCAGCAACCCGCCCAUCCUACUGGACAGCCCAGCGGCAGCGAUCAGCAGGUACCCCCUCAGCAGGUACCCCCUCAGCAGGGAUGGCAGCCUCACCAGCCGUCACCACAGCACUAUCCGGGGUACGGGCCGCCACAGGCGCCUUAUCACAUGGCAAUGCCUCCUCCCAUGUAUCCCCAUCCCUCCGUCCUGCAGCCAUGGCAUCCCAGCAAUCAGCCGCUGUCCCCUCACAUCGGCUAUCAAAACUAUCCGCCCUAUUCGCGGUAUCCGUCCCAGGGCCCGUACUCGAAUCCUCCUCAGACUGCUCCUUUGCCAUUCUCGAACCAGCCUACCUACAACAGCUACACGCCGUAUUCGCCUACAUCGCCAAGCUCGUACCAACAGUAUGCGCCUGGCAGCGCCUAUCCUCCCUCGGGUCCUCGUCCUCUAUGGUCAGCCUUUCCUCUGAAUCAAGACACAGGAGACCCCAACUUACAGCGACCUUACCAUCCGCAGUCGCAGCCGCCUUGGCAAGUAGAUCCAUACAAUCGACCGCCGUGGUCACCAGCUUCGCCACUCGCUAAUCCCUGGCAGCACUUUGAUCCACCUGAUCCUGGCUGGGCCGCUCAGCCAAUUUCCGGCCAGCCUGAGACUCAAGAUGGAAGAGAUGAUGGAGCAAAGGGGCUCAACAGAAACGCCGAUCAACCGCUUCCGAAAGCUGACGAGACUACCCAGAUCGUGCGAUCGACCGCUCUCAGCAACGGCAGUGCAGUCAGGACACCACCCUCCCCGCGGGAGCAGCAAGGUCCGAACGAUCCGUCCAAAUCGGCGAGAACGGCCGCUCAGGCAAUCCCCACGCGUACGGGGGCACCUCCCGAGCGACCCAAGCGGAGGGAGGCGGAAACUGGGCAAGAACGUGCAGGGGAUCCGAUGGUGAAGGAGAGAAGGGCGCCUUCAGCUUCAGAGGGAGCUAUCGUGAGACGAGCUUCUGGUCAGGAUAAGGCCACGCCAGGUGAACGAGCGAAAGAGUCAAGCAGAUCAACGAUCGCCAGCGAAACAAGAUCGACGCGGGCACUCACAUCCUCAAAGCCAGUGCAAGCUGAACCUCGAGAUGAGCCAUUCGCAGGCAUGUUGACGUCUCGCCCCCCGCAGCUAGUCAUUGGACUCGCGAAGACCCUCGCCGCAGGCAAAGACCUUCCCAGCGCGUUUGAGGCGGUGUUGGGCGAUAAGAGGGGAGGAGAGGUCUUCGCGAAAGAGCUCAACAAUGUUGCCGGCUUCAUCGCACACUCCCAUUUAUACCACGGCGAGGUCCCGGAGGGAAAACGGGGCGUAGGGAAAGGAGAGGCGUCAACCCCGAGUCACGGUAUCGUCCAGCUUUUACUCUCGAAUGACAAGCUACAUGAUACGCUACAAGGCUGGCCAAUCGCUGCCUAUCUCACACCCGGAGUCAUCAGUAUCGUCAAGGAUCUAGCGGUCAGAUGGAAGGACGAUGACUUGAGCCUGAAAGUUAUACUCAGGUCCGUCCUGGCAAUACGCCAAGAACUCGAGCACCCGUCAAGACCUCAUCAACUGCCAGCCGGAGGUCUUCUGGACCAGCUCGCGGUGGUACUCAGCAAGCAGCUCAAGCACCAGAGCACGAGUUCUAGGCUCCCAAGCGGUAAACCAGCCCCCGCAUCUACACCGCGACCUCCGGUACCUCAAGCAACUAGUAGGCCAGAACCAGGUCGUCAGCGAUCCACCACUCCGAAGGAUCCUCCGCCCCUGGAGCGCUCAGCGCUCAAGCCCCAACCAAUCACAGCAGCGCAAGAUUCGAGUGAUUCUGCUUACUCUGCUUCGGAACCAGAGUCACCGGGGACGCUCGAGUCGGACGAAGAGGCGGAGAUGAUGCUCGGCAUGGCCGACAGCGGACCGCCUGCUCAGCCCAGGCAGUCAGGAGGACACAGUCAUGAUCGACCUCGAAGGGAGCAGGUCCAGGCGGCAAAAGAGGUCUUGAUGCGAUAA